CAUUUUCACACAGCCUGGGCUAGACAGAGCAGAGGGACGUGUUGGAGACAGACAGAACGGGAAGACCUUUCGGGAAAUAGGGCUAACGUACGCCCUUUCAGAGAUGGGCUUUCUCGCCCAAAGAGGCAAGAUAAUAACUUGAACUGCAUAUUUACAUCCUGGGCUAAAUUGGUGUCGUUGAACCUUUAUAUGCUCAAGUUAUUUGAAGUUUAAAAUGUGGGAGAUGGGGGUGUUGUCGAGAGCGAGGUCUCCCCUCCUGUUGUCCAGGACAAGAUGGCAGCAGUGCAGGCAAACUCUGCAUGGUAUGGGUAUAUAGCUAAGUCCACAACAUGUUCAGAGAAGCCCUGGAUUCUACGUAUUGGUACUCUAUAAGAAGGUAUGGCCUCACAAGUCUGGAUCUACCCACCACACAUUUAUCAAACCCAGACUAGUGCCCUUUGCAGCGUGAAGAAAGUCAAAGUGGAGCCCAGCAGCUGUGUGUACCAUGAGAGAGCCCAACCGCGGACUUCUCUGAACGGCAGAACCCUUGGCAUAGCGCACCCGAUCAGACUCGCUCCCUCCUUUGCGACCCGAGACUUGGCAGUGGGCGAGAGAACGCGUGGCGGCGGGCAGGAGUUCCCUGUACAGACGGUGGCUGUGCGUGGGGUACGGAGGAAGCAGAACGGAACAGGAGGAACCGGCCCGGCGGAGGCCCAGCAGCCCCAGGACACAGAGCCAGUCCCCUGGCAGGUCAAGGGGCAGGAGCAGACAGACAGAGACAGGGGAGGCAGCAGUAGUGGAGCGAAAGGAGGAGGGGGAAGGGGGGAGGAAGGUAGAGGAGGAGGUAGGAAGGAAGAGACAGAAGGUGACUGGGAAGAGGGUGAUUGUGGAGGUUUGAACUUGGCCGACAGCGCUCAGCGAUGUGGGCUGAAACGUAAGAGCGAGGAGCUUGAUAACCGCGGGAGCAACAUGCAGAUAGUGGAGGACCUGUCCAUGUUGCCAGCCAUGAUGCAAACGACCAAUGGGGGGAAUCCAGCUGGGUUGCCCACGGCUGUAGGGGGCGGAGGAGGACCCCCAACCAAACAGGGAGCGGCGGGCGGAGCAGGAGGGGGUGAUGGGGACUACCAGCUGGUGCAGCACGAGGUCCUGUGCUCCAUGAAGAACACGUACGAGGUGCUGGACUUCCUGGGCCGCGGCACCUUCGGACAGGUGGUAAAGUGCUGGAAGAGGGGUACUGGGGAGGUGGUGGCGGUGAAGAUCCUGAAGAACCACCCGUCAUACGCGCGCCAGGGCCAGAUAGAGGUGGGCAUUCUAGCCCGGCUGAGCGGGGAGAACGCGGAUGAGCACAACCUGGUGCGGGCCUUCGAGUGCUUCCAGCACCGCAGCCACACAUGCCUGGUGUUUGAGAUGCUGGAGCAGAACCUCUAUGACUUCCUCAAGCAGAACAAGUUCAGCCCGCUGCCGCUGAAGGUGAUCCGACCCGUGCUGCAGCAGGUGGCCACGGCCCUGAGGAAGUUGAAGACCAUGGGCCUGAUCCACGCUGACCUAAAGCCGGAGAACAUUAUGCUGGUGGACCCUGUCAGGCAGCCCUACAGGGUGAAGGUGAUAGACUUUGGCUCGGCCAGCCACGUGUCCAAGGCUGUGUGCUCCACAUACCUCCAGUCCCGGUACUACAGGGCUCCAGAGAUCAUCCUGGGCCUGCCCUUCUGUGAAGCUAUCGACAUGUGGUCCCUGGGCUGUGUGAUCGCUGAGCUCUUCCUGGGCUGGCCCCUCUACCCAGGGGCCCUGGAGUAUGACCAGAUUCGCUACAUUUCUCAGACGCAGGGUUUGCCUGGGGAUCAUCUGUUGAAUGUGGGGACGAAGACGGCACGGUUCUUCUGCAGGGAGUCUGACUCCCCCUACUCAGCAUGGCGAUUGAAAUCGACUGAUGAGCAUGAGACCGAGACGGGGAUGAAAUCGAAGGAAGCAAGGAAGUACAUCUUCAACUGUUUGGAUGACAUGGCGCACGUCAACUUGGUGAUGAAUCUGGAAGGUAGUGACCUGUUGGCAGAGAAGGUGGACCGAAGAGAGUUUGUAGGCCUGCUGAAGAGGAUGUUGUGGAUCGAUGCGGAGAAGAGGAUCGCCCCCACUGAGGCGCUCAGCCACUCCUUUAUGUCCAUGCAACACCUGCUCGACUUCCCCCAUAGCAACCAUGUCAAAUCGUGUUUCCACAUCAUGGACGUUACCCGCUCUCGUCCCGGUCCUUACGACACGCUCAACCGGAACAAAGCCCCCUUCAUCAGACCGGUGACCACCACCACCACCACAGUUAACCUGACCGGGCCCUUCAGCAAGAUGGCCACCAUUCACAACCAACAAAAUCUACUGACUUGGACUUACUGUGGAACACAUGUUUCCCUUUCCGGUCCUCCAGGAAUCCCCACUAACACGGCCAAGCCUCAGGGCUUCUCCGUACGCAUGGAGACUGCUGUGCCUCUGGUCACCCAAGCUCCCUCCAUCCAGCCCCUACAGAUCAGACCUGGGCUCAUCACACAGCAGACCUGGUCUAACCGCCCCCAGCAGAUCCUGGUGCCCGCCUGGCAGCAGGUGACUUCAAUGGCGCCCCCACCAGCCACCAUGGCGUCUGACACUGUGGCAGGCCCACAGAGACUGGGAGAAUGGGGGAAGGUGCGUCCCCAUGGCAACCAAUACAGCUCUAUGAUGCCCCACCACCAUCAGCCGUUCUUAACCAACCAGAUGACCAUGUCUGCCCACCAGCCAAUCAGCAUAGGCAUCGCACACGUGGUGUGGCCACAGCCCUCUGCAAACAAGAGAAACAAGCCCUGCUUUAACAGAGGCAGCAAUUUCACCUACAACACCAACACCCAAAACUCAGCAUGCCAGUCCCCAAAGAUGGCCGACACCACGAGGAAUGUCCCAGAGGAUAGAUUCCCAGAGGCGGGGCGAGCUGCACAGCUGGAACCUGAACCGGAGCAGGUGGAGGAGCCUCGCUGCUGUAAGGCAGGUUCAGACUCUGAGGAGCAGUCUGUCUCUUAUAAGCAGCGGCAGGCCAUGGUGAUGUCUGAUCUGGCCAGCCCCACUGUUACUGUCAUUAGUAUCAGCAGUGAUGAGGAAGAGGAGGAGGAGGAAGAGAGAACACGGAGACACUCACUGGGGCAGUGUAAGGGCAGUGCUGAGUGUGAGGCGUGUCAGAGCACAGUGAGUAUGGAGAGAGUAUGUUCCCUCAGCAGUCCAGACAGCACCCUCAGCACCAGCUCCUCUGCCUCAGCCCAGUCCAGCACCUCACCCUGCAAACGCCCCAACAGUAUGUCAGAUGACGAGCAGGAGAGCGGUUGUGACAUUGUGGACGGCUCGCCUUCCUCCGACUCCUCUGGCCCUAGCAACAGUCCCUUCACCGAACAACGCUACAUCGCCGAUGGCAACCAGAACCGUGGGCCCCGUGUAGCGUGUGUCGCCCCGGUAACGGAGCCCAGAAAGCCGGCGGUGCGCACCAUGGUGGUGCCGCCCAUGAGGGUGCAGAAUAACAACCCCCACCCACACAUCAACGAGACGCUAGGCAACACCAUCUUAGAGUCUUUCCAGUUCAAAGGGCGAGGUAUCCCGGGCCGUCAACCGCACCACUCCAUCCCCCUCCUCAACCGGCCACAGAAGAUCACUGCAUUCCAGCACCAGCAACAGCAGCCCAUGGGAUUUGGACAGCUCCAGCAUUACGGCUCCUGCCACCAGGAAUGGAAUGGAAACUAUGCCCACCGGCGCCCGCAGGCUUACAUCCCCCCCACUAUGCAUGGGCACUCCUUUACCCUACCCCACGGCAGCCCCAACCACACUUCAGGCCCCCGCCAUCACCCCCACCCGCACGGCCAGCAUACUCUUCUGUCCUACCCCCCCCCUGGGCCCCUGGUCACAGCAGCCCCUGUGGCCCACAUCCUGGCCUCCCCUGGGGCUUCACGGCCCGUCCUGCAGCCCGCCUACAGCAUCUCUCACCCGGGCGGUAUCGUCCACCAGGUCACUGUGGGCAUCAACCCCCGGCUGCUGCCCUCGCCCACUCUCCACCCCCAGGGCCAGUUCAAGGCCCUCUUCCCCCGCACCUACAUGGCCUCGCCUGCCUACGCCACCUUCCCCCUCAGCCCCACCAAACUCAACCAGUACCCCUACAUCUGACAGGGUCCCGGAGCGGCCCACCCUCCAGAUGCACCUCGCACCCCCCGGGGGCCAAGCGAGCAGGAGGGGCCUCCUUCUCAGAAUACACAACAAACAACCACAACAUGGUUUUCAUGUCCAGAGCCAUGGCACAACCACAGAGAAACAAGCUAUUUUUAUCAAUCAUGUAGAAUUGGGUGCAAUUGAAAUAUGAGAUAUAAAAAAUAAAAUCACAAAG